AUGUCUGAGGGCCUUUACCUUGCGCACCUGAAGGAGCGGCUGGAGAAGAUAAAGAAGGUGGUGAAAACAUGGAAAGAAGUGGAUGAACGUGUCAAGCAGUUGUGCCUUCCAACGGAGGCUGGUGCAGCUGCCUCUCCUGGCGCAGGCUGCAGCAAAGCGGUGCCCACUGAAGGGCUGGUUGGGUAUUUGGCUGGCUCUUUUGCAGAGGGCCAAUGGAAGGACGAGUACCUCGGGGUGAACGCCACUGUAACGAGUGGAGAACUGGCAAGCACAGAGGGGACUGACAAUGGGGGUGUGAGGUUCAAAGGGCGUGGCUCAUGGGCGGAGUGGCCGGUGAGCAAACAGGGGGAGAAUCAGCCGUACUACUUUGCGAACAACGGGUUCACUCUUAUGGCGACGGUGACCAUUCACGCGGGGCUGGAGGAACUCAGUGGCCCUAUUCCUUUGAUGGGUGUGAGGAUAGCUGACACGGCCCGCACUGUGCUUUUGGGUCUGUCAUGCACGAAGGACAAACAGUGGAGUGUGCUUUGCAGGGGCGAAGAGAGAGAAGCGAUCGCACCAGCACGUGGGAGACAAAUAAAAAAUACCACGUGA